AUUUCAUGUUUGAAUAUGCUUGUGUCCUGCAGCCAGGCCCAGUUUGAGGAAGGCGGCCAGAAACAGCAAGUGGUGGGGCAGUGGAAGCCACCAGUGCUUUCCAAAGGUGGAAAGGAGCUGCUGGAGUCAAAGCCUUGCUGCCUGGAUGCUGGAGGAGGGGAUGAGACUCAGUUCACUGCUCAGCUCAAUGUCUCCCGUCUGCGCAGCUCCUCGGUGGAGAUCCGGGAAAAGGGGUCUGAGUUCCUAAAGGAGGAGCUCCACAAAGCACAGAAGGAGCUGAAGCUGAAGGAUGAGGAAUGUGAGAGGCUGUCAAAGGUCAGGGAGCAGCUGGAGCAGGAGCUGGAGGAGCUGACGGCCAGUCUGUUUGAGGAAGCGCACAAGAUGGUGAGAGAAGCAAACACGAAGCAGGCAGCAUCGGAGAAACAGCUGAGGGAGGCGCGAGGAAAGAUUGACAUGCUGCAGGCAGAGGUGACGGCACUGAAGACACUGGUGAUCACAUCUACACCUUCCUCUCCAAAUCGGGAGCUGCACCCUCAGCUCCAAAGCCCCACCAAAGCUGUUUUUCGGAAGGGCCAUGGGCGGAACAAGAGCACCAGCAGUGCUGUAGGCACAGCCACUGGCCAGAGCCUGCUCUUGGAGCCAGUCAACCAUGAGUACAAAGAGGCUAUCCACAUCACCUAUGAGCCUGGAUGGCCGUCCCUGGCAGCAGAUUCAUCAUCCUCAUCUUUGUGGCAGGUCGACGCCAUCCUGUUUGCCGAGUUCCAGGUCUGGAAGGAGGCUCCAACUCUGGAUAAAGCCUGCUCCUUCCUGGAGAGGAUUUACCGAGAAGACGUGGAGCCCUGUCUAGACUUUACCAGGCAUGAGCUGUCUGAGUUGGUGCGGGCAGCCGUAGAGCAGAACACGCUGACCAUAGAGCCUGUGGCCUCGCAGAUCCUGCCUGUGGUGAAGGUCUCAGCAAUAGAAUGUGGUGGACCAAAUGGGUUCCGGUCACAAAUUGUAACGAAAUGUGCUCUGAGUGGCCUGUCCCGAACUUGCAAACACCGCAUCAAGCUGGGUGAUUCUGGGAAUUACUACUACAUCUCUCCAUCCUGCAGGGCCAGGAUCACAGCGGUGUGCAAUUUCUUCACUUAUAUUCGCUAUAUCCAACAGGGCUUGGUGAGACAGGACGUGGAACUGAUGUAUUGGGAAAUCAUGCGGCUUAGGCGGGAGAUGUCCAUGGCCAAGCUGGGCUUCUACCCCAACGAGAUGUAGGCCAGGACGCAGGGGCCAGAGGGAGUUGCACUUGCAUUAAGGGCAUGUGCUCUACCACACAGACCCGCUGACACAGUAUGCCUACACCAGCAUGGCUCCCUUCCUUUUCUCCCCUGCUGGGAGUGAACCACAGAGUGAGAAGCGCAAGUUACCCCUCCAAAGGCUUCGCUGCUGUUCAGCCAGUGACUGGAAUGUGGACACCCCCGGAGCUGGGCAGGUCCUUGGUGCUCUGGGGUGAGGCCACCUCUGGCCUCUGCCCAUCAUGAACUCUCUUUCUCCCUCCCUCUAUGCAGCCUGUAGCCAGUUUUUAAAAUUUUAUACACAGUCUGCUUCUGUGGGUUCCCUGGCCCUUGCCCCCUGUAUGACAGGUCCUGGGGCUCCCAUAUUUUGCCAGUGGGUCCUCUUCCAGCACAGAACAAGAGCUAGAGGGGAUCUUGCCCCCAUCCAUCCUUCUGCCUGAGAGAUGCAUCUGCUACAGCCCAGCUGUGUGCCCAGCCCUGGCUGAUGUCCCCUGCAAAUGCCAGCACCACACAAUAACCUCAGUGAGAGCCAUGAAAAGCAUGUUUUUCUAGUGCUUCCCUGCUCCUCAGUAAGAAGCCUGCAAGAGUUGCUUUUCAUUGGCUGAGUCACAAAGAGGGUUUUGUUUCUGUUUUUAGCUCAGGAUUUGGCAUUUGGUGUUGUAAUCCAUCAUUGAGCAGGCGUGGGCGGGGGGGAAGUGUUGAGUCGCAGCCUAGACCCAAGCUCAGUGCCUGGAGGCUCAGUCAUAAUGCAGAAGGGGAAAUUGCAUAACAGAGAGCUGACCACAGCUAUGCUGAGGUCAACUGAAUUGGGCUGCAUGCAUCGCCUUGGCAUUUCUUGCUGGAACAGCUGUGCUUUGUGGUGGUCCCUGCAGGUAGCAGCAAACCCUGCUGGGCCCCUCUGUUGCUCUGCUCUGGGCCACUCUCCUGCCCCAUAAACCACCCCCAGCUGUGGGCAGGUGCCUUCCACCCAUUCCUGUUCUAGGCAGUGGCUACAGACAUAUACCUUCCUGCUCUUCCAUAAUAAACCCCAGAUGCCCCCUCUCUACAGAACCCAAUUCAGGCAGUUCCCUGCUCAGUGGCCAGCUGCAACUGCUAGCCCCAGAUAUUUGCUGCUGCCGUACUCCAUUAUGCAGCACAAGACCAGAAGGAAGUACUGGAUCACCUCAUUUGGCCUUGAGUAUAACCCAGGCCAUAGAUGUUACCUCUGUAGUAGAUCCAAUACUCUCCCAUGCUCUCUCAGUUAGCUCUCAGCUAGUUACACUACUGCAUGUGCCUAUGCGAGACAUCCUACCCCACAGACCCCACUGAAUAUAUGUAAUGGCACUGGGAAGAGGAUCCAAAGCUCUUUGAAAUCCUCAUAGCUCUGGAUUAGGCCUUGCCUUGCCUUCAACUGAGACUUUACAGAACCUCAUAAAGCUACAAUCCUUGCCUUAGGGCCCACUGUAAUCGAGCUAGUAACUUCACCUGCUGUUUGGUCAUCUCAGCUGCUGUCUUGCAGUGCUACAUCUCUUGCAGCAGUGCUGGGCCCUAUCUUUCUGGAAUGCAACUUUAAUGGUACUGACAGAGCGGUGACUUGGCCCAGUGCUGCCUGGACCUGGAUCAUCUCAGCAGACUCUGUUGUGUCACCUCCUCUCCUAGGAGGAGCUUCUACAAAAAUUGCCAUUGGAAAAAAUCUAAAGGAAAAGCAUCUGAGUGAACCACCUUGGGUUUGCCCUUGGAGGGGGAGAGGGGAUGGAGCCAUGAUGGUGGAACCUAGUGGCCGCAGAAUUUUUGUGCGCCUUGGAGCAUGCCUCAUUGCAUGAGAACCCCUGAGGUUUACAGGGUGAAAUUCUCUCCUACACGGUGCAGAUGCUGGCUGCACCUGCUGCUUUGCUGCCCAGUGGGGUUUUCUUCCUUACAGCAGUGGUUGUACAUAGUACCGCUUGCGUGCAGAGGGCAAAUUAAUAUCUGAAAUGCGAGCCCUCUCCAGGGGUGCAGCUGGGGAAACAUGUUACUGGAAAUGCUCCCUAUAGGAAUUGCUUCUUCCUGCUUAGAACAGGGCUGGCUUGAAAUGCAAGCAGUGCUAGCACCUGGUUGUCACCCUAGGAUUCUCCUUCCCUAGCCCCAUGCAGCAGGAGUGCAAAGCCUCGUUCCUUUUCCUGCUUUCCAGCAACUGGGUACCCUAUAAUUCUAUGGCUGAUCCUGGCUGAAAAAAUGAGCGGCUGUUUCCUCCAAAUAUGUUUACACUGUGGAGUACAGACUCAGAGGCUGUAUGGCUGGGGAAAUUUAGGCUGGAGGCCAGAUUUUUGAGCUGGUGUGAGUCAGCAUCUCUCUGACUCCAGCCGAGCUGUGUAGGUUGAUGUCAGCUGAAGAUCUGGCCUUGGAUUUUUCCAAAGGGAAAGCUGGGAGCACCUUCCCCAGUUGCAGAUUUUCACCUCAGGUAAAUCCUUUCCCUUACAGCUCCUGUUGGGUCCAUUUUUCUCCUUUACCUCCUGCCCUCGAUUGCUAUAUAAUAUUGCUGUGCACUAUUAUCAGCUGCCAUGUUCCACCCUUGAGGUCGCUGCAUUUCAACGGUGGGUGAGAUGAUCCCUCUGUGUGGUUUUUCUUAUCAAUUUGUAAGGCACUUUGGGAUGAAAGGAGUUAGAUGAAUGCAAAGUGGUGUUGUUUUAUACACUCUUAAAUGUAAUACAGUUUGUUAGUUAUUCUGAAGUCACUCCAUUUAAACAGCAGCAUGGCUGCACCCUGCUCUUUAUAAAAGGAAAAUAAACAUUUGCUAUUAGUCU